AGUUGACGCCAGAGAUAUACGCAAGUAGCGUGUGCUUAGGAAAUAGAAGUGCGUUCGUUUUUAUUAUUUCCUUGUUUUUUGUCGUUGACAUUCGCAGUUUCAGUUCAGUUAUCAAUUGUUUCUUUGUGAAACGAUUGCAGAGCACUUAUGUCGUCCGAUAAAUCUAUCGCUCAGGAUUCAAACUACAGUAUUGACAUUGGAGGAAUGCGAAUGAAGUAUAAGGAUAAACAGGACACUUUCACCGAGGAUCGCCUGUCGAGGAAGGAGCCAAUAGGACAGUUCAAAGCAUGGUUCGAGGAAGCCUGCAACACUCCGCAGAUUUUCGAACCGAACGCUAUGUUCCUCGGAACAGCUACCAAAAAUGGUAUACCGUCGGUACGAGCUGUUUUGCUUAAAGGUUUCGGUUCGGAAGGAUUCAAAUUUUACACGAAUUAUGAGAGCAGAAAGGGCCGCGAGUUAGCUGAAAAUCCGCAUGCGGCACUGACAUUUUACUGGGAACCCUUGAAUCGGGUGGUUCGCGUAGAAGGCAAAGUACAGAAAACAUCAGCUGAAGAUUCGGAUCGUUACUUCCAAAGCCGGCCGUACUCAAAUCAAAUAGGAUCAAUGGCCAGCAAACAGAGUAAUGUAAUCGCAAGUAGGCAAACACUAAUAGUGAAAGAAAGGGAAUUGAUGGCUCAAUUCCCAGAGGGUCAAGUUAAAAGGCCGGAAUGUUGGGGUGGAUACAUCGUAAUUCCACACUCUGUGGAAUUUUGGCAAGGCCAGAGCGAUCGUUUGCAUGACAGAAUACGGUUUAGGAAGCCCAAACCCAACGAAAAGAUCGAUAAUAUUCUUGUUCAUAAAGGGGACAACGGAUGGGUGUAUGAAAGAAUAUCACCGUAG